AUGUGGAUUCCUGUGAAGACUCCGAAACUUGCAGUCGCUGUUUAUAAUUGGAAAGGAGAUGUCCGAUCAGGUUUACCACUGGAGAUUGGGGAAACAGUUCAAAUUUUGGAAGAAAAUGGAGGUUGGUUCAGAGGAUUCAGUACAAAGAACAGGUCAGCAUGGGGUAUAUUUCCUGCCAGUGUGAUAACCAUACGACCAUGUACGGUUAAAGGGACAGGAUUAUCAGCUAUUGCAGAAUUAAAAGAUGACCCACUAGUCCGAGAAAUAGCUUGCGUUUUAAGAGAAUGGGCCCGUCUUUGGAAGAAGCUAUAUGUGGAACGAGAAACCUACAGGUUCAGCGCCGUAGCCAAGGUUAUGCGUGAACUGUUGAGCGGUCGACGAGCAUUGCUGACCGGAACCCUGACGCAGGACCAGACCAGGGCGCUGCGUCUGAAACUCGUCGCGAAACUAGAUUGGGGUAAUCGGUAA